CUCGAUGAUGUCAGCACUCAGACGCGUCGCGUCAGGGUUGGUUAUAAACAGCUACGGUUUGGUGUUGGAUACUGUUUGCUGUGUAGGGGAUCCGGGAAUACCGCUCAGAGGAUAGAAUCAGUGAUGACGUCUGCUGUUGCUGCUGCACAUCCGGUGUCUGCUUCUGCUCAGGAUCCAGAGCUCGAGGAACCUGCACACGCCGACAUACUGCUAAGCGACUCUGAAAGCGACUCUGAAAAUCCUUUAAAACGCGUCUUCUCCAUCGCUUUCGACCAGGAACCGCGUCGGUCUCUGCGGCCUCGGUCAUCCCCUCCUACCUCUCUCCCCAGCUCGCAAACCUCUGUGUCCGCAGAUAAUACUGCUCUUAAAGAUGAAUCUCUGUCUGCAGACAAUACCGCUCUUAAAGACGAAGCCGAGACUGUGCUUGACUCUGGUGUCUCAGAGACAGAGGAGGUGGAAGGAGAUAUAGAUGACUUUGACAUGGACUCAGACUUCGAGCCGGAAGCCAACGACGACGACAUCGACAGCAAGCCCUCGCCGUCUAAACAGCAGAGAAGCGUCAGCAGCACUCCAACACCCGACGACACGCUGCUCCCGACCGUAUCCUCCGCCGCGCGCGAGAAGCUCGAGCAGCUGAUCGUGCGACCAGACCAGAGUCUCGGCGAGAAAGACAAGCUGCCGGCGCCGCCUGGGCUGAGUGUCGAGCUGCUGCCGCACCAGGUGCUGGGAUACUCUUGGAUGUGCAAGAUGGAGAGGAGCAAGUUACGGGGAGGGAUUCUGGCUGAUGAUAUGGGUCUGGGAAAGACGAUUCAGUCAAUAUCUCUAAUCAUAGGCAGACCAUGGACAAACAAAGCCCGCCGGCCAACACUGAUUAUCGUGCCCAACGCAGUCAUCCACCAAUGGCGCGCCGAGUUCAAGGCAAAAGUCCGCCGCGCAUACCAACCCUCGGUCCUGAUCCACCACGGCAACUCAAAAGUAUCCUCGUUCGACAAGCUGCUAGAGUACGACGUCGUGCUGACUACCUUCCACACGAUCGCGCACGAGUACAAAGCGAUGAUGGCCGCGGACGCGGGGGGUGAGGGGAGAUCGCAGUACGUGUUUUUCGGACCGAAGAGUAAGUUCCAUCGCUUGAUUCUCGACGAAGCUCAGACGGCCAAGAAUCGGGAUACGUUGCUCACGCGGGGCGCAUGCGAGAUCGACGCGACGUAUCGCUGGUGUCUGAGCGGGACGCCGAUGCAGAAUAACCCGGGCGAGCUACAGAGUCUGCUGAAGUUUCUUCGCGUGGAACCGUACAAUGAUCGGAAGCGAUUCAUGAAGGAUAUCGGACAGGCGCUCAAAGACGGUGAUCCGGACCCGGUCGCGAUCAGAAAGUUGCAGGAGCUUCUAAACACGGUGCUGCUGCGGCGGACGAAGGAUACGGUGAUGGAUACGAAGCCGAUAUUUGUGUUGCCCGGGAAAAAGACUGAGAUUGUCAAAAUCCCGCUCUCGAAAGCUGAUCGGACGGUUUACGACGUGCUCGAGCAAAAGGCGAGGACGGAGGCGAAGGAUAUGAUACGUAAUCGCGAUUUCAGCUGCUUGCUCGAGAUGAUAAUCAGAUUGAAGCAAGCGUGUCUUCAUAGCUUAAUGGUUCCGCGAGUCAAAGAUCCGACGGUAUCGGAAGCUAGAAUGCGAAGGAGGCUGAUGCGGUCGCUGGAAAAGAGAUUUAUUGGAUCAACGAAAAUCGCAAAGCUGGUUGAGAUAUUGCGCAACAUUAGAAAAAACUACCCUGGCGAGAAAGUCCUCAUCUUCUCGGAAUACACUCAGUUUCUCGAAAUAAUCUCGCUUCCGCUUCGCAUGGAAGGCAUCAGCUAUGUACAGUACAACGGCAGCAUGACGAGCAGCGCCCGUUCGGCCGCGGUGCAGUCGUUCAAGAACGACGACAGGGUUAUGAUCAUGCUGACCUCGAUGCGCGCCGGCAGUGUCGGGCUGAACCUGACGUGCGCGUCGCACUGCAUAUUCAUGGAUCCGUCGUGGAACCCGUCGAUUGAGCGGCAGGCGGUGGACCGCGCGUACAGAUAUGGGCAGACGAGGGUGGUGCAUGUGUAUAAGCUGAUUGUGGAGAAUACGAUCGAGGAGCGGAUCUUGGCGAUGCAGCAGGUCAAGCAGGACAUGACUGACGCGGCAUUGAACGAGCAUACGUUAGGGGAAGUGGCCAAGUUGGGAUCACAGGAAAAGUUGAACCUGCUGUUUGGAACCGCCACAGCAGCAGCAGCAUCAUAAGGAUAAUAG